AUGGAAAUGUCCGUUGAUGGCUGAUUUUUUACGUGUUGUCUCAAUGAGUGAGGGCUGCUCGUCAGGAAGUGUUUGCGGGCGAGACUCCGCCGAACGCCCGGGCCCAGCUCCGGCUAGGCUGACAAAGAACAGGCCGACGCAGGAGCAGAUUGCCGCGGGUUCACAAUGAGCACGACUGCCGGAGACGCCGCGUCCCGUUCAGGCGUCCCCCUAACGAGAAAGUCCGUCACACUCGCCGCUUCUCUGUGCGCGGAAACCACCGACGGUUCUUGGGCACUCAGUCACGCCGGCUCCGCUCGCUCCCGUGCCGCGGGACCACUGCUAACGCUAGCUAAACGCACCUCGUUGACGUCUGCAGACCGGCAGCUAACUCCCACGGAGCCUUUGAUGAUCAUGUUCACAAACGGCGGGCUCAGUCUGACACGCCGCCGGGCGGGCCUCAGACUUCGCUCCUGUUAUGAAGAGAAAACAGCGAAACGGUCUUCAGGGUCCAUGUCUGCGGGGUGGACGCAUCAUUUCUGUAUGAAACACUGGAACCUGAACGCAGCACUGAAGCUCCGUUAUCCGAGCUGCUGUCCCCGCGAAGCUCUGGGCAGAGAAAUGGUCCAUCACGGAGAAACAGCCUCACAGCCAAAACAAACGAUCCAGGCAUUUCAAUUGUUAUUGGUUCCGGGUUCGAUUCCUGCUCGCCGAACGUUUGAUCUGCAUCCCUCCAGCUUACUGACUUUCAAUCAGCUGCUCUGAACUUGUGGGAGAUGGACGGAGACAGCUCCACCACAGACACAUCUCAGCUGGGGAUCACCGGAGAAUACAUGGCUUCUGGUCAGUACGUUCUCCAACCCCAGGAUGAAGAUGGAGAGGAGAGCAUGAAUGACCACGAGGAGGGGGGCUCCAAGGAGAACUACAGGGAGCAGGACAUCUAUCUGCCUAUUGCAAACGUGGCACGCAUCAUGAAGAACGCUGUUCCUCAAACUGGAAAGAUCGCCAAAGAUGCCAAAGAGUGUGUGCAGGAGUGUGUGAGCGAGUUCAUCAGCUUCAUCACAUCGGAGGCGAGUGAGCGCUGCCACCAGGAGAAAAGGAAGACCAUCAACGGCGAGGACAUCCUGUUUGCCAUGUCCACGCUGGGCUUCGAUAUGUACGUGGAUCCACUGAAGCUCUACCUGCAAAAGUUCAGAGAGGCGAUGAAGGGAGAAAAGGGGAUUGCAGGCGUGUCGGUUGGGGAGGGACUGAGUGAAGAGCUAACAGAUGAUUUCACAAACCCACUUCCUGCAGGGAUCAUUACAGCAGACGGCCAGCAGCAGAACGUCAUGGUGUACACCACCUCAUAUCAGCAGAUCCCUACUGUGCAGCAGAUCCAGUUUUCAUGACCAGACCAGUCCGUGCACUCGCUUGGGGCACGUGCUUAUCCGAUGACCUGUGACCCUGUGGGGUGAAGGUUGUCUGUCAGAGGAGGGGGGGUGCCCUCAAACACAGAAAUCACUACCUGUUUAGUUGAAAGUGUAGUUUCUAGUUGUGAGGUACCAAAUGUUCUGGAUAUGUUUCAGAGCAGCUGGGAAAUUCAAGGCUUUAUUUUAAAGGCAUGAUUUUGUGGUGGAACUCUGUUUGUGCAUACUUAUUAAUGUGUUUGCUUUUAUGUGUUUACCUUAAGUUUGUAUUUUUGAAGGCGGGAGGGCAGUGAUACUCUAAAAGCUUCACUUGGGUUUGAAAUCCAGACGUUUCUGUCUGAGUCGAUCAUGCAGCUCUUUUGUAAACUGUUUACCAUGUGCUUUCAUGUCAUAAAAAUCCUUUCAAUAAAAACUCCAACCUGAAA